UGGUGAUCGGCCAAUCAGGACGCGGGGAACUACCCUGUGGCGGAUCGCGCACAAGGCGUCGAUGCGCCCCCGACGCGCGCCCCACGUGCGGGUUUGUUGAAUCGCAUUCAACGACUCUCCCACACGUGCGCGACGUGUCGAGGGCUAUAAGUAGCCCGUCCUCAUGUCCUCGUCCUCACCUACUGUCCCCGUUCAAACGUUCACUUCGCACUCCUCGCAAAUAUUGAACUUCACCGUCUCAAGGAUUGACAUCUCGAGCCAUGCUCAUCGCACCUUUCCUCUUGAAGGGCAUCGCUGCCCUCAAGAGCAUUUUCUUUCUCACCUCCGGCGCCUCUGUAUCGUGGUACUCGCAGCACAUGGGCAAGCGCACUAUCGGGCCUGGCUUGUUCGCAGUUUCUCUCGCCCUCUCGUGUGCCCUGAUACAUACCCUGCCUUACGAGCCCCCUCUCGAAUUGGGGUCCAUCCCGGACUCCCCGCCGUUAGAUCCCGUUCUCUGGCAAUCACUAUCCGACAUCUCGGUUGAGUUCAACAUGGGAAGCGAUUCGUUGGUUGUGUCUAACCCAGAUGUUGGCCUAUCCGAAUCGAGUACGCGUUCGUACGCGCCAGGUGUCACCCCUGGUGUGCAGUACUCAGUGGUCCCCCUCAUCUUGGCUCCGUCCCAUGAACCCGCCGUCCGGGUGCCUGAGCUCAACUGGAACAUUCCGGGGGCACCGACUAUCCAAGCACCCAAGCCCGUGGAGCAACCGGCAGUCGUGACUUACAACUUCUACAUCGUUGAAGUUUCCUGGGGCUCUCCUCACCGUCCCGGUGAUCCGGGGACUCGUGGUCCUACCGGGUCAGACGAAAGCAUUCCACCCCUGAGGAAAUACGAAGCACCUCCGCUGAUGUUCACCAGGCGCUGCGGCAAGAAAGCCCCCUUCCGCAGGUUGGAGAUCGUGUAGGGCAGAUUCUCGUGGCGGUACGAGCCGCUUUCGUGCUCGCGCACACAGCGCAAAUGCUUUACUUCCUCCUGCCUCUCCCGUGGUAUAUUGCAUGGGGCUGGCGGAUCUGCAGAAACGCGCAUCGUCGGUCACGGCUGG